GGGCGGCGGUUGGGCUCGCCGCGCUGCGCUCGCCGCUCGCCGCCGCCAGCCUGGCUGCUAACCUCGGUAACCUUGCCUGACCGCGGUCCUCGGGAAGAACCCCCAGCCGCUCGACCUCAGAUAAUCAAGAGCCUUGGUUACAACCGACUUGUCCUACAAAUAGGUAGAGGAAAGGUGGUACCUGAACCAUUCAGUACUGAGUCAUUUACUCUGGAUGUUUACAGGUACAAGGAUUCAUUGAAAGAAGACCUUCAGAAAGCAGAUCUUGUUAUUAGCCACGCAGGUGCAGGAAGCUGUUUAGAGACGCUGGAAAAAAGAAAGCCACUUGUAGUGGUUAUAAAUGAAAAGUUGAUGAACAAUCAUCAGCUGGAAUUGGCAAAGCAGCUACACAAAGACGGGCAUCUCUUCUAUUGUACCUGCAGGGUCCCGACUUGUCCUGGGCAAGCCACCUUUGCUUCUGCUCCUGAGAAGUGCCAAGAUUCUGCAGCGCUGACUCCAACUGCCUUCUCAUGCCUAGACUUUGGGCUGCUUUCCGGAUACCUGCAUAAGCAAGCCCUUGUCACUGCUACCCAUCCUACCUGCACCCUGCUUUUUCCUUCUUGCCACAUUGUGUUCCUUUCUCCCCUUCCCCACCUCCACCCCCUGUGCACAAUGCAUAAAGGAUGGAAAAAGUACUGCGGCCAGAGGUCUCUGAAUGAGGCAUCAAUGGAUGAAUAUUUAGGCAGCUUAGGGCUGUUUCGAAAGCUGACUGCCAAGGAUGCCUCUUGCCUCUUUCGGGCUAUUUCGGAGCAGUUGUUUUGCAGCCAGGUCCAUCACUUGGAAAUCAGGAAGGCUUGUGUCUCGUAUAUGAGAGAAAAUCAACAAACUUUUGAGUCUUAUGUGGAGGGAUCUUUUGAGAAAUACCUGGAACGGUUGGGAGAUCCCAAGGAAAGUGCUGGCCAGCUGGAAAUAAGAGCCCUUUCUCUAAUUUACAACCGAGAUUUCAUUCUUUAUCGCUACCCUGGAAAGCCUCCAACUUAUGUCACAGAUAAUGGCUAUGAAGACAAGAUUCUACUCUGCUAUUCAAGUAAUGGUCAUUAUGAUUCAGUGUACUCAAAACAAUUUCAGUCAAGUGCAGCUGUUUGUCAGGCUGUAUUGUAUGAAAUUCUCUAUAAAGAUGUGUUUGUUGUGGAUGAAGAAGAGUUGAAGACUGCAGUUGAAUUGUUUCGAAGUGGUUCCAAGAAGAACAGGAACAAUGCUGUGACUGGCAGCGAGGAUGUCCAUAUUGACUAUAAGAGUUCAACUCAGGACAGGACUGAAGAGUGGGGUGCCUGCUGCAAUGUUGAAAAUAUACCAGAGGGGUACAAUCAAGGAACAGAAGAAGCAAAGUCUUCAGAAAAUACGUCAAAGAUGCUCUUCCCCUAUAAGGUGCUCAAAGCCCUGGAUCCAGAAAUCUAUCGUAAUGUAGAAUUUGAUGUUUGGUUGGACAGCAGAAAAGAACUUCAAAAAUCUGAUUAUAUGGAGUAUGCUGGGAGACAGUACUAUCUGGGAGACAAGUGUCAGGUUCGCUUAGAAUCAGGUGGAAGAUAUUAUAAUGCUCAUAUUCAGGAAGUUGGAAAUGAAAACAAUUCAGUAACAGUUUUCAUUGAAGAACUGGCAGAAAAGCAUGUUGUUCCACUGGCUAACUUAAAACCAGUUACCCAAGUGACACCUGUUCCUGCCUGGAAUGCCUUGCCUAGUAGGAAAGGAAGAGGUUACCAGAAAUUUUCCGGGGGCUAUGUUCCAGAAAUGGCUAUGUCAGAGAUGGACAUGAAGCAACGCAAGAAGAUGUUCAAGAAAGUGAGAGGGAAAGAAGUUUAUAUGACUAUGGCCUACAGCAGGGGAGAACCCCUCCUCCCACCCAGGCUUCAGCACAGUAUGCAUUAUGGGCAUGACCCUCCAAUGCACUACUCACAGACAGCUGACAAUGUUAUGUCUAAUGAACAUUUUCAUCCUCAACAUUCAUCUCAGAGACAAGGUCGGGGAUAUGGGAUGCCCAGGGAUUCAUCUCGCUUUAUAAACAGGCAUAACAUGGCGGGCCCUAAAGUUGCUUUUUACCCUGGCCCAGGUAAAAGGUGCUGCCAGAGUUAUGAUAACUUCUCCUAUAGAUCUCGUUCCUUUAGACGUAGUCACCGCCAGAUGCAUUGUAUGAAUAAGGAGUGCCAAUAUAGCUUUGCUCCAGAGAAUGGACAGAUGCCCAGGGGCUUGGAAGAAACCAUUACUUUUUAUGAAGUCGAAGAAGGAGAUGAGACUGCUUAUCCAAGUUUACCUAAUCAUGGAGGGCCCUCUACAAUGGUUCCUGCUACUUCGAGAUACUGUGUUGCAAGGCGAGGACAUAGUUCAGGCAAACAGACUUUGAAUUCAGAGGAAGGUGAUGGCCGGAUUGACAAUGGGGGGUAUCAUGAAGAAUAUAUUUAUCCUUCAGAACCAGACUAUGAAACUUCAGGUGUUUAUAGCACAACUGAAUCUACAGCAAACUUGUCUCUUCAGGAUAGAAGGCCAUGUUCUAUGUCUCCUCAGGACCCAAUUACCUCAUACAGCUACCCCCAGAAGGUGAUGGUAAAUUCUGCAGCAAUUGCAGCUUCCUGUGCCAAUAAUGUUCCAGCUCCAGUCUUAUCUAACUGUGCAGCAGCUAAUCAAGCUAGUAGUACCACUUCAAUUUCCUCACAGAAUGCUAUACAGCCUCUAUUUGUAUCUCCACCUACACAAGGCAGGCCAGCAGGUAGGGACAAACCACCAGUCACAAGACCUGCAUGCUAUCAGGGUCUAUGUGGGAGCAAGAAGACGCAAGCAUCGGGGAUGUUGUCUGAUGGACCUGAGAACAGAAGAGCCCCAAAAGAGCUAAUAAGAAUUCACUGGAAAGUGGGGCAGCCAAUUUGGAAGGAGCAGCUAAGACUGGGAAGGGAUUUGACCUCUCCAAUACUAGUGAUUGCUUCACCAUCCUAUCCAUACCUAUCUGCUCCUGUUCCUGCUGCUGCUGCCUCUCUACCACCACCUCCACCACCUCCACCUCCUCCACCACCACCUCCUCCUCCUCUUGAGGUGGGAGAGGCUUCAAACUUACCACCCCCACCUCCACCUUAUUCGUGUGAUCCAAGUGGCAGUGAUCUGCCUCAAGAUACAAAAGUUUUGCAGUAUUAUUUCAAUCUGGGAUUGCAGUGUUAUCAUCACAGCUACUGGCACUCCAUGGUCUAUGUGCCACAGAUGCAGCAGCAGCAGCUUCAUGUAGAGAAUUAUCCAGUCUAUACUGAGCCACAUCCUUUGGUAGAUCAAACCAUUCCUCCAUUAUACAGUGAGGUGGGAAGACAAGAUGGCACACAAGCAGAAGUAUCAGCAAAUUGUCCUUUUCCAAAUGCUGACCCUGCCUCUGUCCCUCAUGGAGCAGUCUAUUAUCCAGUAAUGUCAGAUCCCUAUGGGCAGCCACCUUUGCCAGGUUUUGAUUCCUGCCUUCCUGUUGUACCAGAUUAUCCCUAUGUUGCCCCCUGGCAUCCAGUUGGUGCAGCAUAUGGUGGUUCUCCUCAAAUUCAUGGUGCUAUGACUCCUGGGCCACUUGGCUAUGUUGCUUCAUCUCCCUCAGCUUCUCAUUAUGUACCUCAGAAUAUGUGAGAUUCAGCAGUACAAAGUAUUCUUGCACUGCCAUUUUCCUUGCUGUUUUGGUUUUUAAAAAGUGUUUUAUGUUAGUGUUUAAGUGAUUUAGGAUGAUUAGAGUGGUUACUAUUGUAUCUGUCUUUAAGAUUAUUUUAUCUUUUGGUUUAAAA